AUGAAAUGUUUGACUAUAAUUUUACAAGUCCUGUGUAUUUCAAGUUUAUCCCUUGCAACAUUGUCACCUCCCUCCGAUAAAAAAUCACAAAAAGAAGUAAAACCCCAAGAAGGUUCUAGGAAAAAUAAUGUUUUAGAUCGAAAAUUGGUAGCUGAGACUCCGUACGUGAAAGAUAUACUCAAAUAUCACGCAACUUAUCAUCAAGACGUACAUGUAAAAAAUUUUAAUAAUUUGGUGUUAGGCUUUGUAACACCGUGGAACAAUAAAGGUUAUGAUGUUGCAAAGAGAUGGGCGUCAAAAUUUAAUUAUAUUUCCCCUGUAUGGCUGCAAGUUAAAAGACAAAGUUCCAACAUAUACAUAAUUUCUGGUCUUCACGAUGUGGAUAAUGCGUGGAUGAAGGUGGUUAAACAAAAAGGAACCGAUACUGGCUUAAGAAUUGUACCCAGAUUAUUAUUUGAAAACUGGCAGCCGUCAGAUUUAAAGGCAUUUUUCAUCGAACCAUCGUCAUACAGUGAACAGAAAGCAUUGAUUGAAGAAAUCAAGAAAGUCUGUAAGCAAUGGGGUUUUGACGGGAUUGUGUUAGAAAUGCUUUCUCAGAUUGGAAAGUACAUUGACAAGUCAGUGAAGUUUAUACAACACUUUGGUCUUGAGAUGAGCGAGGACAAUUACCAUCUUAUUCUCGUGUAUCCUCCAUUUAGAGGGUAUCCAAGUGAUGACUUCUUUGUUCAAGCCUUCAAUGAAAUCCAUCCUUAUGUAGAUGCGGUCUCCGUAAUGACAUAUGACUUUUCAAAUCCUCAAAAACCGGGUCCCAACGCACCAUUCUAUUGGCUGAGAUUGUGCAUUGAAAAACUAAUAGGCGAUGAUGAGAAUCCAACCAAGAGAUCAAAAAUAUUACUCGGUUUGAAUUUCUAUGGUAACUCAUAUACCGCGAAUGGCGGCGGACCUAUUGUUGGUACAGAAUAUAUAGAAUUGUUGAAAAAUGCUAAACCGAACCAGGUUAUAUCAUACAACAAUAAUACUGCUGAAAAUUAUCUUGAAGUAAGGACAUUACAAGGUACUAAGAAGAUUUUCUUCCCCACACUAUACUCAAUUCAUAAAAGACUGGAGCUCGCCAGGGAAUAUCGGACUGGUGUAGCUAUUUGGGAACUCGGUCAGGGAUUGGACUAUUUCUAUGACCUAUUCUAA